AUAACAUAAAUUUCUCGUGGCUACAUUAUUUUUAUGAUUAUUGAAUAUUAUUGUCAAUUGAAUAAAAAUUAACAAGCAUUAAAUUAUCAUUCUGCGAUUCGAAAAUCAUAAUCUAGAAAAAAAAGUGUCACCCUAAUGCUUACAUAACAUAUGCAGCUAUACACGCAAAGUAAUUUUAACGUUUUUUAACGUCCAACUUCUGAUGACUCAAAACAUAGUGAAACUCAUACGAAACGAUACAAUUUAUAACAAACGAAACAAAAGUUGAAUCAUUGUCACGUGGAAUUUAUAAUUGAACCUUCAAAAACAUUAAACGCGCUAAAAAGUAUAGAACAAAAAACUAAUAGCUUCUAUCUGAAAACAUCAUCGGUUUUUCUUUGCGUGUUUCUGUAUAACUGCCAAACGUCAUUUUCAUUCGCUUUCGUCGGCGCUGGAAAAAAAACUUCGCGUGUUAUUUCGUUGUUGUUUUACGUGAAAACUUACUUUUUUGUUGAUUUUAUUAACUGCAAUGCCCCGUAAAAGGCUGAAUGUGGCUAAAAAACGCGUCCUGAAAGCGGCGACGGAUAAAAACAUCAGUUUUAUUGUGCAAUCUCUUCCUGAGCUGAAGCCGGUAAGUAAGUCGAUAAACACAAAAGCCUCUUUGCCUUUUUGCGAAAUGCCUGCCGUUUUCAAGACAUUUCUCCUCAUUAAUUCGAUGAACUGCUUCGAAAAACAUCAAUAUAUUGUUAUAAGUUAAUUUAUAUGUUGAGCGGGGAGAAUUCUUGAAAAAUACGGAUGGUACCGAAUACUUCACCAUGGUAUUAUAACCUCAUUCUCAAUACAUAACUUACAUUUUAAUUACAGGAAGCAGAAUCGUCCAAAAAUGAUAGUCAACGAAAUGGGAAACAGACGGAAACUGAGAAAACGAUCGAUAUGAAAACGGAACCACCUAUGGCGAACAUGGUUUUGAUCCCGUCAUACAAUUUCGAUCAUUGUUCCGACAUCGAGGACGCUGAAAUGCGUGAUCUGUCAAUGCAGGUUACUCGUACAUACAGUCGAAAAAAAUCGAUUGAAGAGUUGCUUGAGGAGUGGGAGACAGCUCCCGGAACUGUUCCAGCUGCAUCUGUUGCCGAAACUUUUCCGGUUGCAUCCGUCGGUGGAGUUAUGGACACCUCUAUUCGGAUUGUUCACAUGGAGCCACUUCAUUCCCAGAACAACGGAAGUUGUGGAUCAUCAGCCGAUGUUAUUAUUAUGGAUCCCCGAGCAGGGUGCUCGUGUGGAAAUAAGAACGACGAGGUUGAAAAAUACAAAGCCCUGGCUCAGACUCUCCAGAAAGAGAAGGAUGCGUUGAUGUUGAAGAACGCUGAAUUGGAAGCACGCAAUGCAAAUCUGCAGGACUCUUUAACGUCGAAGCUGCUGCCCACUCCAGAGGUGCCAUUCCAGGAAGAGGAAGGAUUCCUCGAUUCAGCAACUAUGCUCCAGUUGUCAAACGAGGCUGGAUCUAAAGACUACCUAUUCGUCAAGUUCCUAAUGAUGCGGCUCUUUCCGGAGGGACUCGUGGGUCGAACGGUUACGGGCCGUACAUCAAACAAUCCACCCGGUCGCCCAAAGAAGAAGAACGAUGGCUUUCAUCAGGACGAAAAUGUCCCAAGGCCAGCGAGAGACACGGCUAAAGUUCCUCUGGACCCAGUUAAAGUGAAAUGGAUCAAAAGACGCCUGUAUGAACGCCGCAAGUUCCUUCGCGAUGAUAAUGUGGCCAUUCAAUUGAAGUACAAGUCAGCCACACGUUUGAUGACUCGCAUAAUCGCGAAUGCUUCGCGCUAGCUGAAUUGAUUUUUAAUACGUUUUGUUGCAAUCAAGUAGGAUUUCCUUGAUGUUUUGUUCCUUUUUUCAAUUUACGCAUUUUUAACGUGUACCGUUAAUUCGUUGCAUCUUUUAAAUAAGCAUAACUAGAGAUUCAAUUUAUUUCAUAUGAAUGAUAUAAAUCGAAUAUUUUUUACAUUAAAUUUGUAUGAAAAUAUCGCAAAUAAAUAAACGUUGAAUCACAUUUCAAUUUACUUUUCAUUUACCAUAAAUUAUUAUGAAAAUAUAUAUAGAAACGAUUUAGUAAUAGCAUAAUAACUCAAUGUGUUAUCAAUUGACGUAAAAUUUUAGAUAUUUUUGUUCGAUAAUAGUAACAAAUUGAUUACAAA